AUGACUGCGCUCCAGUCAGUACGACUCGAAGAAGAAACCCAGUACGGCAACGGAUUGAAUAAGUUGGGGAGGGGCGUUCCCAUCGCCAUCAUCGCGACCCUCCUCGCCGUCCCGCAACUCUACCGCUUCGACGCCACCGGCAUGCUGUACCAUCCGGGAGAUCCUCUCGUGCCCGCAGGGACCUUCGCAUCAACCCCUUUAUCCUCAUUCACAUACGUCGCUCCGCCUUUCCCUCCGAGUAAAAGAGACACGGUGGCUGAAACAGCCCUGCUAGGCGCUGCGCUUACGGCCCUCCAUGAGACGUUGGUCACCCUCGAGCUCCCCGUCGAGAGCGCGCCGUUCGGAGAGAUGUCGACGCUGCAGUGGCCUCGUCUCAGAGAUCUCACAUUCCGGGGGCCCUACGAUCCCGCCCACCUCCCUAGGAUCAAAGCGCUUUCCCACAUGUCUUCCCUCCGAUCGCUCCAACUCCUCUUCGCCUUCCCUGGAACUUCCUCACUGCCACAACCACAGCCUAUAUUCCACUUACAAGCUGACGAACGUUUUCCAUGGUCACGUCUCGAGCACCUCGUCGUCACCAUUGCACUGCCGGAAGAUGGCCUCUGGUCUCGCCUCCCUACCAAUCUUCGCCAGCUGUGUAUCCGCUGCUGGCCGCAUCACCAAACCGGGUAUGCUCUUCGCGACAAACAGAGCGACAGGUGGAUGCAGCUCAUCCAGGACCAAACAGUGAUGCGGUCGAUCACAGAAAGCUGUGGCGCCAGAGCAAUCUCGUCCUUGGAGGUUCAUUACGGCGUCAAGAACCUCGACGAAGAGAUAGCCUUCCUCCGCACCCUCCCUUCCACCUUCCCGUUGCUGAACUCGCUCACACUUAUGCGAUACGAUCCGCCGAGUCAUACAUUGUUGUGGAGCCGUAGACAGAGACCCUCACCGCACUUGUUCCCGAUCAAGCCUAUCCAGCCGCUAGUGAGUUCCAUCCUUUGA